AUGAAGAUUGACAGAGAAAUAGAGACUGGCAGGAGGAAAUCCUGGUAUCAGCUGAUAAGGAGCACUCCGUCCAUCGCGCAGUACUUCAUACCGCUGGAAUCCCCUCAAUUACUUUCAAGGUACUCAAGAUAUGGAGAAAUCGGAGGGAUAAGACUGCAUCUGAGAAAGAACUGGGUCUCCAACAUACAGGAGAUUUCGAAACGAAAGAGAGAACGGGAAGAAGAAGAAAUGUUUCGGCCGACUCAGGUUUCUCCUGCCCCAUCAUCUGGAGAUCAGGAUUUUACAGUCAGUGAAUUGGAGCGGAAGCGGACACUGGCUCAGAUUAAGCAAAAUUGCAAAGGCAUUGACGGUUUUAUCUAUGAGCUCCCACGGAAGAAGGUGAUGGAAGAUAAAAAGAAUCGAUUAGCCAAAUAUGAGAUCGGGGAAAGAGGAUCCGAAGACGGGCUGGGGAAGGUGUUAAUGCUCCUCGGAGGCACAGGAACAGGAAAGAGUACCUUCAUCGACGCGAUGGUGAAUUACGUGUACGGAGUGAAGUGGGAAGACGACUUUCGUUUCAAAGUGAUUGUGGAAGAACACGAAAGUGGAGGAAGUCAAGCUCAUAGUCAGACGCAAUGGAUCACAGUGUACACCCUACACAGGCAGCCGGGCUUUGCUAUGCCUUAUACCUUGACUGUUAUCGAUACCCCUGGGUUUGGACAAACAAAUGGGAUCAUGGCCGAUGAAGAAUUGAGGGACCAGAUCCGAGAAUUCUUCUCCAAUGUUGGGAACGUUGGUGUGGAUCAACUUCAUGGUAUCGGCUUCGUCGUUCCGGCUACUAUGGCCAAACUCUCGGAAACACAAAGGUACCUAUUUGAUUCCAUGAUGUCAGUGUUUGGAAGGGAUAUGGAAGGCAAUAUUUACGUACUAGCAACAUUCGCGGACUUCCAAGGUCUUCCAGUCUUAGAAGCCCUCAAAGAUGGAGACAUCCCUUAUCGAACCUAUUACAAGUUCAAUUAUGGUUCUCACUUCGUUUGUCCUGAUCACUACGACGCUGAUUUUAAUCAGAUUUACUGGGAAAUGAACAUGAAAUUUAUGCACACAUUUUUCAAAGACUUUCAGAAGUCGAAAUCAGUCAGUCUGAUGCUGACAAACAAAGUUUUAUUGGAGCGACGACGCCUACAGACAGCUCUACGUGAUAUACAGCCACAAAUCAUUGCUGGCUUGGGAAAGUUGGACCAACUUAUAAAAGAACAUGCAGUUCUGGAAGAAUACGGAUCGAUAUUUGACGCAAGCGAGAACAUUACAUCCACCUUCAAGCCCUCAGAAAAUAAAAAAGUGAACCUAAGCCCUGACGAAUGGGCCGUGAAUUGCCUCGAAUGCAACUUCACUUGCCAUUAUCCCUGCAUGGAACACGAUAUGGAAAAGAGUUGUGAAGCGAUGGGCAUCUGGGUGAUGGAAAGUGCAGUGACACACUGUCUUGUUUGUCCAAACUAUUGUCCACUAGACCAGCAUGUGAAAAGCAAUUAUCGCUUCGAACCGUACGAGGAAGAGGUGAUGAGAACAGUUCGGGAGUUGAGAGCGAAAUAUGAGGCAGCAACUGGUAAAAAGUUAACUCCGGAAGGGCUGAGGAAGGAAGUCAUUAAGGUAUUCAUUGGGGAUUCGGUGAACAUGAUGGAUCCAAUAAACAAGGCACGCGAAAGUUUGCAUACGCUCCACCAAAUAGCAUUGAGGCCCGUUCCCGGGGGAGUCAUUGAAUAUUCGCAGGUAAUGAUCAAUUCAGAAGAAAGAAAUGGCAGACCCGGUCACACCCAGAGAAUCACAUACAUCAAAGACUUAUUGGCAAAGGCAGAACAGAUUCAGAUGCUGAUGGAUCCACAGAAAGUCUCCAAUUACCUGAACCUCUUGAUUGACUGCUGGUUAUAUGCAGAGGAUCAUAUUUGA